AUGCCUACGUCCUACAUCUUCCGCUGGGCCCCACUCUCUCGUGAACACGCGUAUAACAUGCAAGGAGCAAAAAGACUAAUUGCACUGUAUGCUAGUGGGAUAAUUUUGAUAUUGCCAAUUUUUAAAUUGAGACAUCAAGCCCAAAGUGAACGCUUUGGAUACAGAGAGGUGAUUUUAAAAGGAGACCCGAAGAAGCUGAAUCUUCAUGGGCAGACCUGUGCCGUGUGCUUGGAGGACUUUAAGGUGAAAGAUGAGCUGGGAGUGUUGCCAUGCCAACAUGCCUUUCACAGGAGGUGUGUGGUGAAGUGGCUGGAGGUGCGCUGCGUCUGCCCCAUGUGUAAUAAAGCCCUGGCGGGAUCCUCCGAGCAGCACCAGAGCACAGGCACACUGCUGGAUGAGCUGGUGUAGCGCUCAGAAGCUUCUGGAAAGGGACAAGACUGACAUCUGGCUUCAAGACUUUCUAAGGAGUCUUUUUUUACAAACAUGAACAGACCUGACUGUGACUCUCACAACUUCUAGGCUAAGGCUUUGUAUCUUUUGAGUAAAGAAGCCUUUAAUUUAACAUUGAAUGCUAGCAGGGCUGUUCAGGCAUAAUGUUGUGAUGAAUGCUAACCCAGAAGGCUAAUUCACCACUGGUUCCCUCAGGAAUUUAUAAGGGUUUUUUUAAUUGAUGAGCAAAAUAAGGUCUGUGGGAAACACUCAUUUAAGAUUUAUGAACAAUUUAAAUUUGGAAACCCUCGAGUGCUUUAUAAACUCAAGUUGCUACAUACAGUAUGAUCUACAACUACCACAAGGAUGUGUGUUUACACAUUUGACGAAACGAACAACCAUUGUAGUCUUUAUGUAGCGACUUUUUAAAGCACACACAAGUUUUGAAUUCUCAUGUGAGGUAUGAAUGUGUGUAAUUUGUGGUGUGUGCCAAACUGUGCCAAAAUUAAAUGUAAACAGGCCACUAAAAACCAACUGAAACUCCUGUGAGGAACACUCUUGUCUUCUGGGAAUUAGGACUACAAACUGAUUAUCUGUAUUGUAAAUGCUCUACAUCAGACCCAAAGAACUGGGCCCAAAGAACUUUAUUACAGUGUGUGUGUGUGUGUGUGUGUGUGUGUGUGUGUGUUUUACAGCCAUCAGUAGUAGUGACGGAUGUCUCGUUCAUUCUAGAUUAUGUGUGCACAAAUCAUGUCAUUGUCUUAAGAGAGUUUAAACAAACACUACCACAGUUCCCGGCCACAGAAAUUAGCUGCCAGUGAAAACACAAGUGGCUUUCUUUUUGUAUUUCAAGUUGUUGUGUUUGUUCACUGUAAUCUGGUUGCCAUUGUUACUACCUGCAGUGUUUUAGUCAAUGUUUUCA